AUGAAUCGUCUGCUUGCUGACGAGACGAUCCUGCGCAUUCUUAGCUAUCUCGACGCCAAGGAUCUUGUUCGAGUGCAGCAGGUGAGCAAGCACCUUCGCACGCUCGCAAAGGAUCGUCUGCUCUGGAAACGUCUCUUCUACUUCAACUUUGUGCGACCCACACAGAGCGUUCAGGUCCAGCAUGACACUUCCGCCGUCCUCCCCACUUUGCGAGAGCUAGGAUCCCUACUGUUGCAUCAGAAUGUCUUGCCGGGCAAGCAUGUCACCGGCGACGGACCCAGCCAGAUACAGCGACUGCCCGACCGCUUCUACAGCUCGACGGCGUUGCACAUCGACGUCGAUCGGGACUUUUCGUCGCUAUACCUCGACAGCGUCGGCCUCAACGAUACUUCGAAGCGUCAACUCCUCGAAUGGGAACAGAUCUACAGCGUUUCGCGCAACUGGCAACGAGGCAACUUCGCCGUAUCCGAGCUGUCCGCACAACAGCUUCAAGCUGGUUCGAGCUCACGACCUCAUCCAUCUCCGCCUCAGCCCACUGUCGUGAGGGUGUCGAACGACUUCAUCUUCACAGCAUCUUCUACUCCGAUCCAUGAUGACACAUAUGCCCCACGGGUCUUGAUCUACUCUUCGGAACCUAUUUCAGACGGUCGCUUCCAUAGUACCAACAAUCAGAUACCCAGCGAUCUUCAUCAAAAGGUGCCAGUCGCAACCCUUUCUUCACCAGGGCUAGAUAAGCUUCUUUCGGCCCGCAGAUCUGAUGUGCACAUCACCGAAAUCGCAGUCGAUGCUGCUAUCGCCGGUGAUGCAGCGAUUGCUGAUGCGUCUGGUCCUCGCAAGCGCAAGUCGCCUGGAGACCAGACAUGCUGCGGCAGUCCAGCAGCGAGAGUUCUCGUUGCUUAUUCGACCGGACAUAUUAGUCUGUUCUCGAUAGAGAGUGUGCAAGGCACGGUCAGGACCGUGGAGGAGAUGUUCCACCGUCCCGCAGCCACGACUUCGGCAGAACAUGUCACAAUGGCGGCUCUUCAUUUCCCUGCCCUCGUGCUAUGCUCCUCCCAGUUCGACGUCGCUUUCUAUCGGCUUGACACUGCUUCACCCUCGAAGAUGACUCCGAUUCAUCGCAUGUCGAGCUACCGAUGCUCGUGGCCGGCGUCCUUACGCCUCAAGAUGUUGCCGUACUUCGACAGUAUCAAACGUACUCGACGAACUUCGUCGUCCUCAUCUGCGGAGCGUCAUGCGCCGACGCAAGGUCCCGACAAGUCGGCGUUCAGAGUCACUCUGGUCUACUCGACGCCCAGCUAUCCUUCAUCGUGGAGUGUCUCGGUCCAAGAGAUUGUCGUACGGCUUGACCCGUCGACACCUACAGCACAAGUCUCGAGUCGCCAUGCCACAGCCAAGCACCCUUUUCGGCCGACGCCAGUAGAUCUGAGAGGUCGAUCCAUGCUUGGCAGAGACUUUGCUCAAUCCCUGCCUGCUCAACGCCCGAUUCUGGAUCAGGGUCAUCCCAUGCCGGCCCAGGUCUCCACCUCGAAUGGCAGCAGAUCUACGAGCUUGACCUACGACGACCCCUUCGUGGUGCUUGGAGCCAGCGACAAUCUCGUCGAGGUCUACGAGCUGCUGGGCGCUACCACCUUCGUGCGGUCGGGUCAACAAGACUCAAAUUCGAUUCCACGCUCAGCAACCGCCACUCCUCACUCGCAGAAACAAGUCUUGCGGCUGGUGCAUCGUCGCAGCCUGCACGGUCACACCGGCAGCGUUCACAGCGUUGCGCUCGAAGACGGACGAUGCGUCAGCGGCAGUGCCGAUGGUAGCGUCAUGAUCUGGACUCUGGGGGACCGGUCAAAUGAGACCGACUCGAUCGCCAGUGCGAUGCGAAACGCUCGAACUGCAGCACGGGGUCAAGGCCGAUCUGACUGGACACCAAGCACUGGUGCAAGGUCUACCAGCUCAACAAUUCUGGAGGAGGAAGAGGGUGACGAGGCUGCCAGUCAGAUGGCUCACGUGCUCACGCUAAGGACACCAACAGAACCGCAGCAGACAGUCACGAAUGAUAUGGACGAGACGCAGACAAGCACGCAUCAGCUCAUUCGAGGCCGAUCCUCCGGUCCCUGUCUGGGCCAGCUCGUUCGCAGCCGCGUACUUGACCGUCAAGCUCAAGGCAUCAUUCGUUGGGUCUCAACCGCCUUCGACAAGAUUGUCAGCAUCGUCACUUAUCCUGAUGCGACUGAAAUGCCGUCAGGCUCUAUUGGCGCUGCUCUCGAUGCAUCUCACCCUCGUGAACGGGUGCAGGUGUGGACCUUCGGCUAA